AUGGACAACAAGGAAGAUUCGCGAUCUUCAACAGAGACGUCCACCAUGGACGAGGAGAAGCAGAUCCUGCUGGAGUCCUCAGAAGUCCUGGAGCAGACGACGCUCAGGCCGAAGCACAGUCCCUUCAUAACAACGCGAGUCGCGAUUUUGCUUCUUGUACUGUCCAACAUUGCUUUCGUGACUGCUCUGGACUUGGUCCUGCGGUCGCAGUCGAGUUCCAGCCUGCCGGCGUGGAUGCCGCCCGAGAGAACGGCCAAGAAGCUUUUCAUGUACCAGAGCGUGUUUGGGGGAGAACCGGACGCAAAGUCGGAGGAGAUGUGGACCAAAUUGAUUCCGAUACAUGACAAGAUCCGGAUACUUCGCCGCGCGAGAUGGCAAGUUGAGCACGGUAAACACUACGCAUCUCUCCCACUGCUGGGACUAUCUGCGGCAGUCAAUCAUGUGUUCAGGAGAUACUACCUUGGAAUGGGUACCACCUAG